UGCUACGCUUCACGCUCCCUAACUCUUCCUUCUCCUCAUAACAGCCAUGAUAAAUGGCUUGUCUCUGCUACGCAGAGCCGCCAUCAACCAUGUCAAUCCGCGACUGCUAGAACCCGCAUACGCCCCCACGCGACACCCCCAUCCUUCCCUCAUCCGCCGCGUCCAAUCUCAGGCAUGGCAGCCUCUACGGCCUCCAAACCCCGCCGAGCUCCCGAGGCCUAAGCCUCGAAAGACCAAACCGCCCUUCCGCCGCAGGAGAUGGGUGCGCCGCCUCUUCAUCCUCUCUGCGAUUCUCGGCACCGGAUACGUCGCUGACAGGCAAUGGUAUGCCUCAUCCCUCACGCGUAGUGUCCGCACCUUCUACACUGGGUUGCUUGUAGGCCUGGACUACAAGGUCAAUUUCCGCGCGCACCCCCCGCUAGUCUCGAGCAUCGAGGAGCUACAUAGGCGAAACGCCCAACGGUUGUUCGACUUGCUACGGCAUAAUGGCGGGCUGUAUUUGAAGAUUGGGCAGGCGAUAGCGAUGCAGAGCGCUAUCCUACCGCCCGAGUUCCAGAAGAUGUUUGCGAAGAUGUUCGACGAUGCGCCGCAGAACGAAUGGUGGGAGGUGGAGAAGGUUAUUCGGGAGGACUUUGGGAAGAGCGUUGAGGAGGUGUUCGGUGUUAGCUUCGCUGGAGAGCCAGGGAAGGGCGUGAUGGAGAAGACGGCGCGAGCGAGUGCAAGCGUAGCGCAGGUACAUUGGGCACGGUUAGCGGACGGGAGAGAGAUCGCAGUCAAGAUACAGAAAAGAGAGAUUGCGAGCCAGGUCGGCUGGGACCUGUGGGCUUUCAAGGUUAUGGCCCGCGCCUACACCUGGUGGUUCGACAUACCCUUAUACACCCUCGUGCCUUAUAUCUCGGAGCGCUUGAUGCUAGAGACGGACUUUGAGAACGAGGCAAAUAAUGCUGAAGAGAUGAGAAAUCUAGUCGCUGGAGAGAAGAGAUUGAACGGACGGGUCUACGUCCCGAAAGUUUAUCGGGACCUUUCGACCAAGAGAGUAAUGACCGCGGAAUGGGUCGAGGGUGUGCGAUUAUGGGAUAAAGAAAGCAUCACAAACCGCUGGCAAGGCGGAUGGCAUCAAGGAAGCCCAGGAGCAGGCGGCACAGAGCUUCCACCCUUACCGAAGAACUACACCAAGGUCGACGAUAGAGUCCCGGAAGAUGCGCCGAAGAAUCCCCUUUUGAAGCCAGACCGCUCAUACUGGCGCGGAAAGGAUAACAAAGGGGGUCUCGGGGUCUCCCUCAAGAGCACUAUGCACACCAUCGUCGACCUCUUCAGCGCACAAAUGUUUCUGUGGGGCAUCGUACAUUGCGAUCCACAUCCAGGCAAUAUCUUCAUCCGACGUCUUCCGAAUGGAGAUCCCGAGGUUGUGCUCAUUGACCACGGCCUCUACGUCCACAUGAAUCCUCAGUUCAGACACCAGUACGCUCUCUUUUGGAAAUCUCUGAUGUCCUUCGACAACGACACAAUCAAAGAGAUAGUGAGCAGUUGGGGCGUCAACAACCCUGAUAUAUUCGCCUCGGUUACCCUCAUGCGACCGUAUGAGGGCGGUGAUAACAGCACGCUCAACGAGCUGAAGAAAGAACGCCAAGGUAGAGACCAGCAAGAGCGCGCAUAUGAAAUGCAGGUCAAGGCCCGCGACGGAAUCAAGCAGAUUCUCGGCGACGAAGACAAAUGGCCCCGCGAGCUGAUCUUCAUCGGCCGCAACCUGCGCAUCGUACAGGGCAACAACCAAUUCCUUGGAUCGCCUGUCAAUCGCAUCAAGAUCACUAGCCUAUGGGCAUCUCGCGCUCUAGCAGAGUCUAGGGACCUUCACUGGAGAGAACGAUGGAAGAAUUGGGUUAAGCAUCUUAGAUUCAGGGCGGUUUUGCUGGUUAGCGACUUUAUCUUCGCCUGGUCCAGGAUUAAGCAGAUGCUCGGCGUCGGGCUAGGAAUGGAGGAAGAGAUUGAGGAGCGCAUGAGGGUCAUGGCGAAAGACUUCGGUGUUGAGCUCAACCAUGGCGUGUUUGAGGGAUAAAUAGGGACAUAGAGGCGUUGUACGAUAUGGGCAGGUGGACGAUUGCCCUUGUAAAUAUACGGCUUCUUGGACGACCCAAGACUCAAGAGUUAGACGGCAUCUAAUCCAAGCUCAUAAUCAAUUGCAUCCAUGGGGCAACUGGUGCGCUUCCUCUGUGCUAGGACAUAGGCGAACGAGCAAAUUAAAAUGCUCAAGAUCCCCAGCUACGACGUCUGCUCCCAUUACCUGUUGCAAAUAUGUCUUCCACGACCACAAGUACAUCAACCAUUGGACACCGGGAGCGCAUAGAAAGCUAUAUACCUAGGUACAGAGCAG